AUUGGCCUUGGGUUUUCAAAUACGGGCUCUGUGCAAUAUUUACUAUGCCGUAAGCGUUUGGGUUUGCUUUUGCUUACUGAUUACAUCAAAGCGCAGACACGAGCGCAGCGUACCGUGAGUCUAUCAAACUUUUGUUGAAACAAGCAACAGAAUAAAGCGCUAUAAAGUUACGAAAUCAAAUUGUCAAUAAACAGCAACAACAACAACAACUAUAGGUCAAUAAACAUGAGCCAUACAGAGGCUGGGAUAGCUACCGCGCCCAAAGCUGAGGCAAAUGCGCGCCAACAGCUGGAAACAUACCGUGUCUAUGUGGUUACCUGGAAUGUGGGCAGUCGUUUUCCGGAUAACAUAUCCUUGCGGCAACUGCUUGGCUUGCAAGAUGACGCUAGUGGUGAUGGCAGCAAUAUGCAUUUGCCAGACAUCUAUGCAAUUGGACUGCAGGAGGUGAAUGCACAGCCGCAGCAACAGGUGCUUGGGCUCUUCAAGGAGGAUCCGUGGACGCACAAAGCCAAGGAGCUGCUGCGCGAGUAUGACUACGUGGCCUUCAAGACCGAGCAAAUGCAGGGACUGCUGCUGACCAUGUUUGUGCGGCGUCCACAUGUGCCGCAUCUGCACGACAUGGAGGCGGAGUUUACGCGCACCGGCUUUGGCGGCAUUUGGGGGAACAAGGGUGCAGUAAGCAUACGCUUUACGCUCUAUGGCUGUGGCCUGGUCUUUGUGGUGGCUCAUCUGGCUGCACAUGACCAGCAUCUGGACGAACGCAUAGAGGACUACAAACAAAUCAUGGAGAAUCAUCAUUACCAUGUAAAGCGCUAUCGUGAGAUAUACAAUCAUGAGUAUGUCUUUUGGUUUGGUGAUCUCAACUUUCGUCUGGAGGGUCACGACUCUCCCCAGGAGGUGCGCGAGGCUGUGCGCGAUGAGAGCAAGCACGAGGAGCUCAUGCAGCGGGAUCAGCUGUAUCUGGUGCGCGAGAAAACUCAGAAAGCUUUCCAAGUGCUGCACGAGCGUCUGCCUGCAUUUCCACCCACUUUCAAGUUCAAAGAGGGCACCUCGGAGUACGACAUGAAGCGUCGUCCUGCCUGGACAGAUCGCAUUAUGUAUGCUGUGCAGCCGCUCAACCGUCAGCCCGGCAUGCAGCUCUCCAUCGAGCAAUGCUCCUAUAAGUCACAUCCCGCCUACACCAUUAGCGAUCACAAGCCUGUGACCAGUGAUUUUACGCUCAAGCUAUAUCCAAACUAUCGUGCGCCCGGCGUUAAAUUCUCGCCUCUUUCCGUUUGGCGCAUUGGCGACGAGAACACUGUGGAGUAUCGCAAGCAACCGGAGUUUGAGGAAGGACCCAAUGAUUGGAUUGCCAUUUAUGCGCUAGAUUAUGCUAGCUUGUCGGAUUAUGUGGCCUACGAGUAUGUGAAUCAAGCCGAAUCGCCACCCUCGUCGGACUCGAACGCUGAGCGUGAUCCGUUCGAUACGCCAGCACCUUCAACGCAUCGUCGACAUCGUCAUCAUCAUCGCAAUCAUCAGCGCUUGCGUCGCCAGCAGGACAACAAUGAGGAGCUAGUGCGUCUGGAUUUCGCCGAUGAUGUGGAGCUGCGACAUGGCGAGCAAUAUGUGCUCAUCUAUUAUCGCAGCACCGGACUGCGUGGCGUGACCAGCGUCUCGGGCAUCUCCGAUCCAUUUGUAUCCGAGAAGCGACGCGGCUCACCGCAUCGCACGGAGUACCAUGUGGACUAGCUAGCGGAAGCUUUGGACAUUUAUGUUAUUUAGUCUCAAUUAAUAUUUGCCUUUUGUUUUCGUGUAAUUCUUUGCUAAAUAUCACUCUGUAUGUUUGUAUGCUAUGAUCUAUGUAUAUGCAUUUGUUGUUAUCUAUAUGUCUACUGCUUUAAAUUGCACAUUACCACAUAGAGUGUUGUAAACACAUGCUUAUUAAUUUUAUAUAUCUCUCUAUAUACACCAAUUAUAAAAAUACAGCACACACAGACACCACACACAUCCAAAGCUUAUCAUCGAAAUGAUAACUUUAUAUUUUAUAUAUACAAGAAACUGUCUUUUACAUCACAAUUACUAACGACUUACAACUAUUUUUUAU